AUGGCAACUUUAAAUGAAAAGAAGACCUGUAGCCAAAGAAUGGAAAAUUUCCAGCGUUUCUUAUGGAAUCCAGACACAGGACAGUUAAUGGGAAGAACCUUGAUUAACUGGGUAUGGAUCAGUCUUUACUAUGUUGCAUUCUAUGUGGUAAUUACUGGACUGUUCUGCCUUGCUAUAUAUUCUUUAAUGAAGACACUCAAUCCAUAUACACCGGACUACCAAGAUCGAUUAAAAUCACCAGGGGUGACAUUACGACCAGAUGUAUAUGGAGAAAAAGGAUUGGAAAUUUGUUACAAUAUUUCUGACCGCGAUUCCUGGGAUGGCUAUGUUAAGACUCUUCAAAGCUUUCUAUCAGCUUACAAUGAAACUGCACAACAAGCCAACUUGAACUGCACGAAGGAGGCAUACUUUAUUCAAAAGUCAUUUGAUGCUCCACACCACACGAAAUAUUCCUGCAAAUUUACACAGGAUAUGCUUGAAAGCUGCUCUGGUCUGGUGGAUCCCACUUUUGGUUUUCCAGAUGCAAGCCCUUGCUUAAUAAUAAAAAUGAACAGGAUUAUAAAUUUCCACCCUGGCAAUGGCACUGCACCAAGAGUGAACUGCACAACUCUAGAUGAUGCCAGCCCACUGGACAUACAUUACUAUCCUACAAAUGGUACUUUUAGUCUUCACUACUUCCCCUAUUAUGGAUGUAAAGCACAGCCUACCUAUAGCAAUCCAUUGGUGGCAGUGAAACUUCUCAACAUUCCCAUAAACAUAGAAGUAACCAUAGUAUGUAGAGUUAUUGGUACUGGAAUUACUUCAGAUAAUCCUCAUGACCCAUAUGAAGGAAAAGUGGAAUUCAAACUUAGGAUACAAAAGUAA